AUGUCAACUGAGCGAUCGAGAGCUCCCUUAACACCUCAGCGCAAGGCCUUCAAUUCUCGCAGUAACAGGCAACCUCAUUCAAAUGUUCAUCCACAAUUAUCUGAAAUUCAUCAAGCAAAGAUAGUUAGUAUCCAAGAAUAUGGUGCAUUUGCUGAAAUAAAAGGAUACCCAAGACAUGGGUUGAUACACAAAUCUCACAUCUCAAAGUAUCGAAGUGAGAAUGUUGGCGAAAUUUUAGAAGUGGGAGAUAUUGUUUGGGUAAAAGUGAUUGGAGUAGAAGAACAAGAUGGAAAGACAAAGAUCAAGCUAUCGAUGCGAUAUGUAGAUCAAGGGCGAGGUGAAGAUUUAGAUCCUAACAACGUUCAAUUAAGUCAAGAUCAAAACCGUCAUAAGUCGACCUCUGCAUCAAAGAUGGUGAAUCCUAUCGAGAUAGCUGACGCUGUUGUUAAUGCAACAUGUAGACGAUGUGGUGGAAAAGGGCAUAUGGAUACCGAUUGCUUUGUUCAGCAAGGUGAACAUCCAUCACAUAAAAGCAGACGGAUCAAAGAAGUUAAAACUAUGGAGGAUGCAUUGGAAGUCAUGCGUAGAAAAGCACGAAAAAAAGAAAGGCAAAAGCAUAAGCACUCUGGAGGUGAUAAACGUAAAUCGCGAAACAAAUCAUCUAUAUCGAGGCGCAAGGACCAUUCUUCUACUACCGAAAGCCCAUCUUCUGAUUAG